AUGAAGGAAAAAUCCAAAAACGCUGCCAGGUCUCGGCGGGAAAAAGAGAAUAGUGAAUUUUACGAACUCGCUAAACUGUUGCCGCUACCGUCCGCCAUCACGUCCCAGUUGGAUAAAGCCUCCAUCAUCCGCUUGACAACUAGCUACCUCAAAAUGAGGAUAGUUUUCCCUGAAGGCCUUGGUGAGUCAUGGGGCCAUGUAAGCCGGAGUUCACUGGAUGGAGUCAGCCAGGAAUUAGGUUCCCAUCUCUUACAGACAUUGGAUGGCUUUAUUUUUGUGGUUGCUCCAGAUGGGAAAAUAAUGUACAUAUCGGAAACGGCUUCGGUCCAUUUGGGUCUGUCUCAGGUAGAGUUGACAGGUAACAGCAUCUUUGAAUACAUUCAUCCUGCAGAUCAUGAUGAAAUGACAGCUGUCCUCACAGCUCACCAGCCUUACCACUCUCACUUUGUCCAAGAAUAUGAGAUGGAGCGCUCAUUCUUUUUGAGAAUGAAAUGUGUCCUUGCAAAAAGAAAUGCUGGGCUUACAUGUGGAGGUUACAAGGUGAUUCACUGCAGUGGCUACUUGAAAAUCCGUCAAUACAGCCUGGACAUGUCUCCAUUUGACGGCUGUUACCAGAACGUUGGGCUGGUCGCAGUUGGUCACUCAUUACCGCCCAGUGCAGUCACAGAGAUCAAACUGCAUAGCAACAUGUUCAUGUUCAGAGCCAGUCUAGAUAUGAAGCUCAUCUUCCUCGAUUCCAGGGUUGCAGAGCUUACAGGCUAUGAACCACAAGAUCUGAUAGAGAAGACCAUCUAUCAUCAUGUCCAUAGCUGUGACUCCUUCCAUCUGCGCUGUGCGCAUCAUUUGUUGCUUGUAAAAGGGCAGGUCACCACGAGGUACUACAGGUUUUUGGCCAAACAUGGUGGCUGGGUGUGGGUUCAGAGUUAUGCAACCAUUGUCCACAACAGCCGCUCCUCCAGACCUCAUUGCAUCGUGAGUGUCAACUACGUUCUAACGGAUACUGAGUACAAAGGCUUCCAGCUCUCUCUGGAUCAAGUGAGGUCCAAGGCCUCUUUCUCUUUUGGUAAUAAUGCGUCAAACAUCCUUUUGGAGAGAGGCAGAGCCAUCAAGAGCCGGGCAUCCCGCCUCAAAUCCAAAGCCAGACUUUCACCAUACAGUCAGUACCCGGAUUUCCAAACGGAGCGGUCAGAUUCAGAUCAUGACAGCCCUUGGAGAGGAAGCCCCCUUACUGACCCGGCCUCGCCACAGAUGCUGGAUAAAAAUGAAGGCACCGAAACCUCCUGCGUAUACAAGCAGUUGACUGAUCCUGGUCAGCUCUGCUUCAGUGUGCCUGAAGAGCAGCAUCAAACCGCCUAUGUUCACGCCCAAGCUCAAAGUUGUGAUCAGGGUCGAUGUGAGGCUGGUCGAUAUUUCCUCGGAGCUCCUCUUCCCAGCAGGGACAAGUGGUGGAGUACAACAAGGUCAAAUUUGCCUCCAAGCAAAGAGAACCAUGAAGGAUAUGACAGCAUCAUGCCACACAUCACAUCAGUCCACAGUUACAAUGGUCAGAAUCAUUGGGAUGAGGACAGUGUGGUGAGCUCUCCAGAUAGAGGAUCCACCAUUGAUUCUGGAGAUCGCCAGCAAACUGACCAGUUCAGGUUGAGCCCAAAGGAACCCAACAAAAUGGAGACACUUAUACGGGCAACACAACAUAUGAUCAAGGAGGAAGCAAGUCAAUUUCAGCUAAGAAAAGUUCAUUCAGACACUCCGCUGGAGCAGGUCAAUGGACUGUUAAACAGCACUGGUCUCUGUUGUUCCUCAGACUGUACACAAAGGCCAAUGAAGGCUGUGGUGUGUCCCGGUCUGAGCCAUGUUAUCACCUCGGCGCACAGCCCGGCCCACUUGUCAAAGCUAAGUCCAGGGCCACGGUCUGAAAGCCUCAGCAAGUCCAAAGAUUACUUCCAAGCAGAACUGGGCCCAAAUGCUUUACAAUUACAGUACCCAUUUGUUAGACCAGAAUCCUAUGCAGAUUCUCCCACCUCAACCGCAGCACUGUGCCCGCUCCAUACACACUUUAGGCCAUACUUGGAAAAGCAUACACCCUGUACCCUGCCAGGAUAUACUCUUGAGCAUCUCUACAAUCAAGAGAGUCUACGAGGCUACUACACUUCUGUUGGCAUGCCUAUGACCCCUCACCUCCGAAUGCCAGCAGAAAAGACACCUGAACACAAGGGCACCUCUGUCAUUAUCACCAACGGCAGCUAA